CCUCACUGCACUUCAACUUCACAUAAUUAAUAUCCACACGUUUCAACGAGCUUCAUUUGCCCUUCUAUAGGCAAGAGUUUGGCUCUCUAUUCUGCUCUUCAUCAUGACCAUGCCAAGUGUCAUCAACGGCGUUGAUGGGCGUGCGGAGUCGAAGAUCUACUACAGAAGCAAGUUGGAGGGGUUGAAAAAUGCCGCCAGCGCCUCCAAAAUCGAUAUCAUUGAUAUCCGCCACGACAACGUUGAAUUUAAUCUGAAAGCAGACAUUUUAACUUCUUUGAGGCCUGAAGUCGGCCCGAAGAAAUUACCUACUCUUCUUCUCUAUGAUGAGCGGGGCCUGCAGCUGUUUGAGGAUAUUACAUAUUUAGAGGAAUACUAUCUCACAAAUGCUGAAAUAGAUGUCCUUCAAACUUCGUCUGAUAGUAUCGCAAAGGCCAUCCCGACUGGUUCCAUGGUUGUUGAGCUCGGCAGUGGCAAUUUACGGAAGGUGAGUAUACUACUUCACGCGCUGGAAGCUGCUCGCAAGGACGUUGAUUACUAUGCCUUGGAUCUGUCUUCGAAAGAGCUGAAGAGGACGCUUGAACAAGUUCCAAGGUUCAAGCAUGUUAGAUGCCACGGACUUCUCGGGACUUACGAAGAUGGGCUCGACUGGUUGAAGUUACCCCAGAACAAGAGCCGUCCCAAGUGUGUCAUGUCUCUUGGAUCCAGCAUAGGUGGGAAUUUUGACCGCCACGAAGCAGCCGAAUUCCUGCGUGGAUUCUCGGACGCUCUGCAGUCGGGUGAUUCUAUUCUAGUUGGAUUAGAUGCAACCAAUGAUCCAGCCAAAGUUUACCAUGCUUAUAACGACUAUGUGGGAACCACUCACAAAUUCAUCUUGAAUGGCUUGCUUCACGCCAAUGACAUACUCGGCGAGCGAGUUUUUGAGCUCGAUGACUGGAAAGUGAUUGGCGAAUAUGUUUUUGACAGCGAGGGCGGACGCCAUCAGGCCUUUUAUUCCCCCCUCCGAGACAUCCGUUACAGGGACAUUCAGUUCAAAGCUGGCGAGCGAAUCCAAGUCGAGCAAAGCUUGAAAUUCUCAGCGGAAGAGGCAGCUCAACUCUGGAAAUUUUCGGGUUUGCACGAGGUUGGUCGUUGGUCAGCCUCAUGGGACGCUUAUAGCGUUCACUUGUUGACAAAACCAAACAUGGUCUUCGAUUCAGACCCUGCGGUAUACGCCGCAGCGCCGGUUCCGACCUUGGACGACUGGAAGGGCCUAUGGGAGGUGUGGGACACUGUCACGAGAGGCAUGAUUCCCGACGAAGAGUUACUGGGGAAACCAAUCAAGCUCCGCAAUGCUUGUAUCUUCUAUCUGGGUCACAUCCCAACAUUCAUGGAUAUUCAGCUUACUAAGACCACCAAGCUGCCCCCCUGUGAGCCCUCGUACUACCCUCAGAUAUUUGAAAGAGGAAUUGAUCCGGAUGUCGACAACCCUGAGCAUUGCCAUGCUCACUCCGAAAUUCCUGAUGAAUGGCCACCACUGCAGGAGAUUCUGGCGUAUCAGGACCAAGUGAGGGCUAAAAUAACGGGGCUGACCAAGGGCCAAAACAUUCCGCGUGAUAUUGGACGAGCUCUUUGGAUUGGAUUCGAACAUGAGAUCAUGCACUUAGAGACCCUUCUUUACAUGCUCUUGCAAAGCGACAAGACUCUACCGCCCACCACGUUUACUCCGGAUUUCGAGGGUGAUGCAGAGCGUGCCAAGGCUGCCCGAGUGCCGAACCAGUGGUUCGAGAUUCCUGAGCAAAGGAUUUCAAUUGGUCUUGAUGAUCCUGAAGAUAACUCUGGACCUAAUCGUCAUUUCGGGUGGGACAACGAGAAACCUCCAAGGAGUGUUGUGGUUCCAUCGUUCAAGGCCAAAGCUCGCCCAAUCACAAAUGAAGAAUAUGCUGGUUAUCUCGAGCAGACACACAGCUCCAAGCUUCCUGCCUCAUGGGCUGAGAUUCACAGGAACGGUGCCCAGACCAACGGCCAUUCCAACGGUCACGCCAACGGCUAUAUGAAUAGAUACACGAAUGGAUACACGAAUGGCCACUCAAACGGCUUCCCUCCUCUAACCAAGGCAUUCUUGGAAGGCAAGGCUGUGCGUACUGUUUACGGUCUAGUGCCUCUCAAAUUUGCACUGGAUUGGCCUGUUUUCGCUUCAUUUGACGAGUUGGCAGGAUGUGCAAGUUGGAUGGGCGGAAGAAUACCAACUUUCGAGGAAGCACGCAGCAUUUAUAGCCAUGUGGAUGGUUUGAAAGCCAAAGAGGCCGAACAGCAUUUGGGGAAGACCGUUCCAGCUGUCAAUGCGCACUUGGUCAAUAAUGGAGUCGAAGAAAGCCCGCCAUCACGAGGUUUGGUAAUCGGUGAGAGGUCCAAAGAGCUCUUCACCAAUUUAGCAGGGGCCAAUGUAGGCUUUAAGCACUGGCAUCCUGUCGCUGUCACGGCGAACGGCAACAAACUUGCUGGCCAGGCUGACAUGGGAGGUGUUUGGGAAUGGACGAACUCUACCCUCGAAAAGUAUGAGGGUUUUGAGCCAAUGAAACUGUACCCCGCUUAUACUGCCGACUUCUUUGAUGGCAAGCAUAACAUCGUUCUUGGUGGCUCCUGGGCAACUCAUCCUCGCAUUGCUGGACGCAAGACCUUUGUCAACUGGUACCAACGCAACUACCCAUACGUCUGGGCUGGAGCUCGAAUGGUACGCGACUUGUAGACUGAUCUGCAAUCCUUUAAAAUUUCAGCUAUUCCCAAAUUUGACACUGGACAUACAUAUGGGUCACAAUUAUGCGACCCAAUUUCGUUCGGUGCCUUCAAAUUCUAAAAUCCUCUUCGUCAUUCCGGUGGAAGUUUGUGAUUUUCGGUUUGGUUGGGUGGUCCCUGUCAGUAACUUCUCCGCACAAAAUAAUGCAUCAAAAUUCAAGUACCCGUGGCGAGAGUCUCAGGAAGAUGCAACUGUGGUGAAAUUCUGGUGAAGCGUUUGUAGAGCUGUGUCUAUCCGUUAGAGUGAGUUGUGUCUGAAGAGCGGUCAA